AUGCCGUAAAACACUUUGUCCGACCUGCCAGUGAAGAGAGACAGAAGGCCUUAAAGCUUAUAAAUUUAUAGACGAUGAGAGUAGGGUUAUCAAAACGCACUUUCAUUUUAUAGACAGUAUUAUAGUCUUUCUCACGAUGAUCAUAGAGAAUGUGGAAGCCUUGAAGUCGUGGCUAGCAAAACUCUUGGAGCCAAUAUGUGAUGCUGAUCCCUCUGCAUUAGCCAACUAUGUGGUUGCUCUUGUGAAGAAGGACAAACCGGAGAAGGAGCUGAAAGCACUUUGUGCUGAUCAGCUUGAUGUCUUCCUACAAAAAGAGACGACAGGGUUUGUCGAUAAACUUUUUGAAUGUCUGACAACCAAGAACUACCUGGGAAAUCCUGCUGUCAAGGAGGCUCCUAAAGAGGAGGUCAAACCACCUGCAGUCAAGUCUGAUGUUGUGGAGGCUGAAACAGAGGAGGAGAGAGAAAACAGGUGGAGGAGAAGUCCUUUGAGAAACCGCCCUGACUUCAACGAGUCUAGGAGCCGCGAUGACAGGAGACGAGAUGAGCGCAAGCGCCGUGACUUCGAUCGGCAUGGGAAAAGCGGCAGCGACUCCCAUCGCGAGCGGGAGCGGCAUGAGCGGCGCAGGGGCAGCCCCCGCGGGAGGAGCUACAGCCGCAGCCGUAGCCGGAGCAGGAGCGGCAGCCGAGGAAAGAGCAGAGACAGAGAGCACAGAGGAGGCAGAGACUUUAAAUCAAAGUUUGAGGUGGAAAGAAAGGACACCGAUAGCUACAAUUCCUCAACCACAUCUGGCUCCCAGCAGCAGCAGCACCCACCGCCUCUCCUGCCCCUUCCCACACCUCCACACCCUUUUUCCUCCUCUUCCUCGUCGUCUGCCGGAGUCUCAGGAGCUGGCGGCGUCCCCAUAGCAACACUGGCCCACCUGCCCGAUAGCACCACAGACAGCUGGUCCAGCUACUACGGUGCCCAGAGGCAAGAUGGUGUUGGGAAGCCGUUCAACAGCAAGAACACGUCACUCAAACAGCGUUGCAGGGAUUACGAUGAAAAAGGAUUUUGUGUCCGUGGUGACCUUUGUCCAUUUGACCACGGCAACGACCCUCUCAUUGUGGAUGAUGUCAAUCUACCGAGUAUGAUUCCAUUCCCUCCCCCACCUGUUAUGCCCCCCACUGGCCUGCCCAUGCCUCCGAUCACUGAGCCACCCCCUACCCUCAGAAUGCCUUCAAUGCCACCCUACGGCCAGCCACCACCACCGGGCGUCUUCCCUAUGACAGGUCCCCCACUGAUAGCAACCAGUGGGAUUGAAACCCCCAACCACCAAUCUGCAAUCACUUCUUCUCCUCCUAUUGGACCGCCUGGCGUGGGGCUGCCGCCUACUCUUCCUCCUCCUCCUCCACCUCCUCCUCCUUCGUCUUCAUCUGUGUCUCUUCGUCCCCAAUAUGUCCAGUCUGAAUAUAACUAUGAUCCAGAGGGCUACAACCCAGAAUCCCCAGGCCUGACUGCAGCAGGUCGUAACCCGUACCGUCAGUUCAUUCCCCGGGUGCAGACUCAGCGCUCCAACCUCAUUGGCCUCACCUCCAACGAAGGACAAGGCUCCAGAGCUGCAAACAUAGUGAUUCAGACAGAGCCAGCCACUGCAGCCAGCACUCCUGGAAGUAACAUGUCCCGUUUCAACACAGAGCAGGACAGCAGGAAGAGAACCAUGGGACAUAGUACAGCUGAGGGACCAGUGGCUAAAAAACCCUGGAUGGAGAAGCCAAACUUUAACAACCAACACAAGAGCAGUUUUCCUAAGAGGAAUCACUAUGUAAACACCAAGCUGGAGGUGCGCAAGAUUCCCCGCGAGCUCAACAAUAUCACCAAGCUCAAUGAGCACUUCAGCAAGUUUGGAACCAUCGUCAAUAUACAGGUUGUGUUUGGUGGAGACCCAGAGGCAGCUUUGAUUCAGUACACAAAGAAUGAAGAGGCCAGACGGGCCAUAUCCAGCACUGAGGCGGUCCUCAACAACCGCUUCAUUCGUGUAUACUGGCACCGCGAGCCUGGCACCAAUGCCACAGGGCUUCAACAGCAGGAGCAGAGUUCAGGGAGCCAAGCAGCUGGAUCAGCACCCAGCCAGGGGCCACAGCACAGCAACGUGCAUAAGGGAAUAAAGCAGCACAAUGCAGCCGCCUAUGUGCUGAACAAGACUGUACCAAAGCAUCGCCUGGCAGCUGCGGCUGGGACCACAGUUACACCCAAGCCGGACAGCCUGAACCCAAACACAGACACUGUCAAUGUGGCGCCUGCACUGACAAACACCCAGAAGGGCCCCUACACUUCCACAGCCCUCAAGUCGUCCUCAAAGAGCCUUGGGAAAACAGGAAAAGCACUAGAAGCACAGGAAGUCCUCAAGAAGAAACAGGAGGCAUUAAAACUCCAGCAGGACAUGAGAAAGAAGAAGCAAGAGAUGUUAAAGACACAGAUUGAGUGUCAGAAGGCCUUGAUAAACCGCCUAGAGAAGAACCGAGGGAUGAAACCCGAGGAGAGAGCCAACAUCAUGAAGACCCUGAAGGAGCUGACUGACAAGAUCGCCCAGCUGCAGAAUGAAAUGAAUCCCGCCUCCCAGGUCUCCGGCACCAAACCCAACCACAGCCAGUCCAAGACCAAGACUGAUGCCCAGAAGGAACUGCUGGAUGCAGAGCUGGACUUUCACAAGAAAAUGAGCUCUGGUGAGGACACAACAGACCUCAAGAGAAAACUGGGGCAGCUACAAGUGGAGGCGACACGGUUGGGUCUGAUCCGGCCUCCAGUGGGUCGAGGUCGGGGUCGAGGGAAGAUGGCGCCAGAGCCUGGUUCGAUGCACGUGGGCCGCGGUAGGGGUCGAAGCCGGGAGAUGAUGGCUCGCGGCGGGGCCGUGAACCGUAUGGUGGUCGACCACAGACCCAGAGCCCUGGCUAUUUUGGGCGUCACUCAGGAGGAGAAGGAAGAACUAAUGCCACACUUUGUGAAAUUUGGGGAGAUUGAGGAUCUUCGUGACCAAGACGCAAACAGUGUUGUCAUGACCUUUAAAACACGAAGCGAAGCAGAGAAUGCAGCUAAUCAGGGAGCUAAGUUCAAAGGUCGGGUGCUGCAGAUUUCCUGGUACAAGCCCAAGACGCCCUCCGUUACAACAGAGCCAGAGGAGGAAGAGGCUAAAGAUGAGGACAAUAAGAAGGAAGCUAGCUCGUAUUUGCCUGGUGAGGAAGAAGAGGAGGAAGAGGAGGAGGACGACGAUGAAGACGAUGAGUACGAGAGCCGAUCGUGGAGACGGUGAAGGCAUUGCUAUUCGUCAUUACCGCUGCUCUCCAGCAAAAUCAGUAGUUAUUUUUCCUCACGUGCAGACGAAAAUCAACACAACGGAACUCACAUUUUUUUCCUUUCCAGUAUUUUCAAACUAAUUUUAGACUCUAAUCAAAGUAAAAACAUCUUUAUUGUACAUCAAACGAGGGUUAGAGGGUCAACAAUUUUUUGUAUCCCUCGACUAAACAAUUAUUUAAAACAUCUCACUUUUGCUGAGAAAGAUAAAUGCUAAGUUGUUCUUAUAGAUAGAAAAACCUAUGUAAGUUUCAGUGUGCUUACCAGAUGAUAAAUAUCAGUAAUGCACAACAUUUGUGUCUACUGUGAAUAGGUAUUUUUAUACAUACUGUAUUUAAGCUCUUUUCUCACCAGUUUUUGAGAAAUCUUGUCCUGCGUUCAGGGACAGCCAUUCCAUCACCAAUAGAACGUUCUCUGUUGCUACCAGAGAGAUAUUUAUUUAUUUUUCCACUGCAUAAAUGCACUGUGCCGUACCUAUAUUGGCACAGUAUGGUAUGGUUUUCCAUUUCACUUUUCUCACAGUUUGUUUUGGUAGGGGUAAGCCCAAAAUGUUAAAGGUUCCAAAUAUUUAUAGACAGUGGCUCUGUGCACUGGCAUGAAUACAUGCUAGUUUGUGCAUGUUGUAUUCCUAAACAAACAGAGCCACCACCCCCCUCCCAGCACUCAGAGGUGCUGAUACUGUACCAUCACUAUAUUAGAGCCAGUGCAGGUACAGAAAGAUACCAGUGCAAUAGAAAAAAACUCAAACAAUGUUUACAAAUUGCCAUGUCCAUGCACGUCAGAUACAGUCUUGUAGUAAAAUAAUCAAAUUUUCCCCGCGUGUAUUUUGUUGCUCACUUAAUGUCCAGUGCCACUCUGUGUAAAUACAAACACCUACACGGGUGUUCUACAUUUUCUAAGAGUGUGUAACAUUUUUCACUUGUUUUACUCUGUCACCUGGUCACCCAAAGGGCCUGACAGGGCAAGGAUCAGCUCACAAAUGUCAAAAACAUGAGAUCCAUAGACAGGUGUCUGAAUGUAAUACUGAACAGUUGAUUUUAAUAUAUAAAUAUAUAUAUAUAUAAUUUCUUUGCCUUACACAAUCAGCAGAUGGCUGAAUUUUUACAAGAUUUGUGAUUUACUUUUGUAAAUUUUGUAAAUGCUUGAAAGAGAAAUUACUGUUGUACUUUUUUUGUUUUGUUUUUUGAGUUUUGUUUUUUCUGUCAUUUUUAAAGGAAUGACAAGGUUGUGUCAGGUAGAAAAUGUCAAGCAAGAGUGCAUAGCUUCUCUGCUUAUUCACAAGAAUUUUGCAUUUGUGACCAGUCCACGUCAUUAUUUCACUAAAUUUGUCAUCUAAGUAGCACAUUUCUUUUAAAGAAACAUUCAGAGCUGCUCUGAUCUGUGGAAAACACUUUGUUGCAAGGCACGGGAAGAGGCGGUGGGGGGAUCAUGCACCUCACAAUAUUAUUUGUGCAUUAGUGCAGCUUUGCCUGCAUCUGAAUGUCAGACAAAGCUCUAAACCCACUCUACAAGUGCAACCACAAUGUGCACUUUUCAUGACAAAAAAUUUUAUUUAGUAUUUUGCCUUUACCUAUAUUGUAUCUUAGAAUCCUCAGGGUGGGAGGAAGAAAAUUAAUUAAAAUUCAAAUGGAAAUGUGUUCAGUGCAAGAUAACACAUUUUUGACAGUUAAAGUUAUUACUUUUGUUGCUUCCCUUAAACAAAUAACUAUGUUUACAUGCAGCUUAAUGAAGUGUGGUUUGAUGUUUGCUUGUCAUAACUCAAUUAAACUGAUCAUAUCCAGUUACAUUGAAGCACCACAACAAAGGAGAGAUAUUAACUGUACACAAUCAUGCAGGCAGAAAUUCCAUGCAGAUUUCUGCCUGCAUGUGAACACAGUCGAUAGCUCUCUUCUUAACUCUUGUUUGAAUUGCAUAUCUCACAGUUGUCUAGUGACUCAGAAACCUCCUGCCAUUGACUUUAUUGUCCCAGUAAAAGCUUUGAGUUCAUGUUUUGGUCUCCACCAUCACAGUGUCAGUCAAAAUGAGGUUCAGGUGUGCGAUGGAAAGCUGAAGCUUUUCCCUUUGCAUUUAGUACUUCGAUAUGAUUUGUUCAUGUGGGUUUUUUUUGUUUUUUGUUUUUUGUUGUUUUUUUUGUUUUUGUUUUUUUUUCAUAUGAGGUCACUGGCAGUUUUAAAGGACAAACCUACACUGGCAGGUUUCUUGCUUGUGUAAGUGAAGAUUCAGAGAAGGUCUCUCCCACUUUUUGUACUAUCUUCUGUAUGCUACUAUCACACAAUAGUGUAAAAAAAUGUAAAAUGUUUAUUGGAUAAUAGUUUUGGAUUUGUUACUGUUUAUAUUUGCAGGAUGUGGAUGUAUUUUCUUCAUGUAUUUUGUUUGUAAAAAAUGGAUUUCUAAUUUACGAGCAUGUUUGCUUUUGCCAAUAAAGAUGGAGGAAUGGGACGCUUGUAAUACAAGAAAAGAAGAAGAAAAAAGAAAAAAAAACAAUUUUAAUUGGAUCUUGGAGUAAAAAAAGAAACAUUUUGAGUUAAAGAAAGACGAUUGACCAAAAAAAGACAAAAAAUACAUAAAGUCAGCAUUGGUAAGGGGGAAAAAAUCAAGCAAAAGCAUUCCAGAAAAUAUUACCUUAAA